AUGAGGCAGUCGCCGCCCAUUCACUGGGUUGUCCAGGCUUGUCUAAUAUGGCUAACCUUGCUAUCGGCGUCUGUUGCGGCGUCGCUGCCUAAUUAUUCGAAUGAUUUGAGUUCGGCGACGGCCGACGGAAGUACCGAUAUCGCUACGAUACAAGCACGUGGCACCAAGCCAUUUAUGUUACGUAUGUUACCACUUGGGGCUUCAAUCACGCAAGGAUAUAAGUCCAAAGAUGGUAAUGGGUAUCGGAAAUGGUUGAGGCAGCAACUGCGCUAUGCAGGCUGGGAGGUUGAUAUGAUCGGAAGCAAGAAAACUGGCACCAUGCAUAACAAUAAUCACGAGGGCCACAUUGGAUUUAGAAUUGAACAAAUCGCAGAAGUUGUCAAAAAGACUCUUCCUCAAAAGCCUAAUUUGAUCCUUAUCAACGCUGGCACCAACGACGGCAUACAGGAUUACAAAGUAGACUCUGCAGGGGAGCGCAUGGACUCCCUUCUAACGGAGCUCUACGCCGCAAUCCCUGGAACGACAAUUAUUCUAUCAACUCUCAUCCCCAACGGGAAGAAGCCCAACUUAGUCGCCGACAUCAGCGAGCAGUAUCGAGAUCUAGCAGCUAAGCGUCGUGCGCAAAAUGAUAGUCUUGUCCUUGCCGAGAUGAGCUAUUUUAUCAAGUCGGAUCAGCUUGUCGAUAAGAUUCACCCAACAGCCGCUGGAUAUGAGGAGAUGGCCUCUGUCUGGUGGGCGGCUAUUCAAGUUGCUGAAAGCGAGGGUUUUCUCAAAGCCCCAGUUUCAACGUCCAUGAACAUGAGUACCAUCAGCAAGGCCCGCGAGAAGGCGCUUGACGAUAGUACCAACGACCCGGAUUUGCCUGCUUAUACUGCUCCAGCUCAGCCCACAAGCACUGGCUUAUCUCCUAGGAACCAACUGCAUCGUCUGUUUUUAGCCAUGCAGGUUCUACUUCUAAGUUAUUUCUUCGGUACGAUGGCAUGA